CUGAGCAUCAGUUUCCUCUUCAGCAUCCGUUGUUAUACAUUGGCAAAGGAAAAACUACCGUGCACAAGAUGUUGUCUGCUGUUAUUUUGUCUACUAUUCUGAUUUCACAAGCAUGGGCCUUGAAAUACACAGAUUGUGGAACCAAGACAGGCAAGAUCCUGAGUGUUCAAAUAACAGGCUGUGAAGAAACAGACGUGUGCGAGUUUAAAAGAGGCGAGACAUACAAAUAUGACGUAUCAUUUGAGUCCCUUAAGGACAGCGAAACUCUGAAAACUGUGGUGCAUGGUAUUAUUGGAGGAGUUGCUCUGCCUUUCCCUGUACAAAAUCCCAAUGCUUGUGAAAGCAGUGACAUCGAAUGCCCUCUGCAAACUGGCCAAACUUACAGUUACGGUUACGAAAUUGAAGUUCGCAAAUCAUAUCCAGCACUCCGAGCUGAUGUGAAAUGGGAAUUGAAGGAUGACAACAACGAAGAUGUAGUCUGUGUUCUGGUUCCAGUCAAAGUAGUCUAAUUAGCAUUUGGAAAACUAUCAACUGUCUACUGAUACUAAACAAGAAUAUUAGCACUAGCAAGAAUAUUUAGACAUUCUCCUCUUUUGCAGCGAUAUUUACCAAUGAAUAAGAUUUUCAUAUUGUUGUCAAAAUUUAGAGUUUGAAAAUAAAAAAUUGUUCACUUCCUAUUCA